CUCCACAACCUUUCCUUCCAAAAUCCUUUCAUCCGCCAGAGCACACAAGCUAAGUGCAAUUUCAAUUCGCAGUUCAUCGAACCCCGCCGUGUCAAUCUGCAACAUUUCCAAAUCUCUUCCAUACGAGGCGAAAAAAAGAUUUAUAUAGGUUCCAAUUGAAAAGGGAAUACACAAAGCCCUGGCCGCUCGAAAUACAGAGGACGGCGAAUACCCAUUUCCAAUAUAUCGAUUUUGAAGUGAUACGCAGAAAGGGAUAGGAUAAUUCCAUUGCAUCAGUAGUGAAAGGCAUUUAUUUGGGCAUCAAUGCGAUUGCGGUGGGACUAGCUCGCGGAUACUUGCAGCACUAUUCAGUAACACAGCGUUCGAUUAUUACAUUUGCGCAUUCCCUCCAGCACGAGAGAGGAGGCUUGGUGGAAGGAGUAGGUUCUCCGCGUGACUAUACAUGUGUGGAUGUAGUGAUUUGCGAGGGACUACCUAGGUUUCGGAUUGGUUGAAAAAAAAAAUAAGAAUCGAAACAAGAUUGUCAAAAAGGGAAGGGGGUGAGAUUUUGGAUCCAAAGAAAUUACGAGAAAUACGGAGCGGCCGAGUCGGGCAAACCUACCUGGUUUCUGGGAAGGAAUUACGGAAGAGUGAAUUGGGCCGGUGAAAUAGCGGUGCAUGCGAACGCGUGCUGGUGCUCGGAUAGGCACGCGGCGAAACGUGGUAAGGGAUUGAAAUACACGGGUACUUACAUUGCGGCAAGAAUUUAUUUCGGAGUAUCGCUAGGAUUACCCUUUGUGGCAUUAAGAUUGCUCGCAGACGCAGGAAGGUGGUAGAAGUGUGCGCUGGAAGUGUGGGAGUGAGGAAACAAGGUCAUUGUGCAUUGUUGCUGGACGGGCGGUUCACGGCACCAUCCUGUGUUGCCUUGGUUGUGCGACGAGGCUGCUGCAGCAGGGCUCCUCUUCAGGGAUUGGCGAGGGAGGUUGACUGGGGCUUCUAUUGAUUGGGGUGUGGUGUCGCAGAAACGAGCUAGCUUCUGCACAAGUACCAAGUGAGGUAUUUAAGACAGGAUGUCGGGAGAAACUGAGAUAGAUGAUCCUGAGGUUUCGGAUGGCGCUUCGGAGAACGAUUAUAGUGAUCAUGAGCAAGAGCUUGAUGUUGUAGGAAAAGAGGACGAUAAUCAGGAAAUGGCGGAACAAAAAGUAAGACCGGACGGUGAUGAGAAUGGGAAUUCUGUGGGAGCAGCAGCUACAGCUACAAAACCGAAGUUCGAUCCUAAAGAUCCGCUGAGACCUAGAAGAAAGAAGGCAAGAAGAGCUUGUUUUGCUUGUCAACGGGCUCAUCUAACUUGUGGUAUGUUUGUUUUCUCAAGGCUUCAUUUUCAGGCUCUUUUUUGUGCCAAGAGCCUUACAUUUCAUCAACUUUUUCAACAUUUUUAUUACCAUCAUCAAGAUUUUCAGUGAAAUUUGCUACAUGUGCUAAGAAUGAAUUCAAUAGGUGACGAGCGUCCAUGUCAACGUUGUAUCAAACGAGGUUUAGCAGAUGCUUGCCAGGAUGGCGUCAGGAAGAAAGCAAAGUAUCUUCACGAUGCUCCACCAGAAGCUCUUAGGCCUGUUUUAGGACCAACUUACAAUCAGCAAGUGAGCAACAAUCGAGCAACAGCGGCAUCAACUCCAACGGAACCUUCACCUGGUAUGGGAAACUUUUUCUCCCAGCCUGAUACAUCGCCAUCUUAUCCACUUUUUGCUGCUAAUCAACAAGGUCAAAUGCCACCGCCAUUGCAGAAUCGACUCUCUUUUGGCAGUAAUCAACCAUCGCCGAUAUCUCCAACUUUCCAUACAGUAGGGAAUCGACCAGCUGGAAUGCAAGGAAUUUCUCUGCCGCAAGUUUCGAAUGACUCUCAUGCGGCAUUUGGCGGUGGUGCAUUUUUCGAUCCUAGUAAUCCAGCACUGUUUAACUUUGACCUAGAAGGAUUGAAUUUUGGAAAUCACUAUGGAGCACUGGAAUUUGGAAUGCUCGGGCAUAUGGCAUCAGGCUCAGCAGAAACACCACCACAAGAUUCAUCUGCAGGGAUGCCACAGAAUGUUGGCGAUCUAGGCUAUAACAACAAUCCAGCAUUCAACAAUAACGCCGCCUUUAAUCAGAUCUACUCCCACGACGCAUUACCGGAUUUUGCUGUAGGUAUGGACAGGCAAAAUGGAGGAAACGUCUUCGCCAACAGUAACCUACAUCACGGUUUGCCUCAUGCGUACGCAAUAGCAACAGGUGGUAGUCAACACAGCCCUAGCACUGAUGCAAGUCCUGCGGCAAGUACAAUGGGAUUUGAGAGCUCGCCGACUACUACUAAUUACCCAGCACCACCAGGUGCUCACAGACCAGCAAAACGACAGGAUACGAAAUCUGGACCAUCCGGAAAGCUUGGACCAUCAUCAGCUCUUGGAAAGAGGAAUCGGGAUCCUUCAUCUAUCUACGAUACAGUUCACGAACCUUAUUCUUAUACUACUGGCUUUCAUAGCUUGACUGCUUUCAUCCAAAAGCGAUUCUCUCCAAAUAAGACACUUCGAAUAGCAAAAUCGCUCGCUUCCAUUCGGCCAUCCUUCAUCUCUUGUACAAAAACACUUAAUCGACAAGAUUUGGUCUUUAUGGAAAAGUGUUUUCAAAGGACCCUAUUCGAGUAUGAAGAUUUCAUGUUGAAUUGUUGCACGCCGACACUAGUUUGUCGGAGGACUGGAGAAAUAGCCGCUGUCAAUAAAGAAUUUACCCUCUUAACUGGAUGGAGAAAGGAAGUCCUCCUGGGGAACGAACCGAAUCUUAAUAUCAAUACAGGAAAUAGCGGUGCCUCGUCUUCAGGAAGUUCAGGUCGAGGAAGUUUUACGACCCCUAGAAUGCGCCCUAUAAACCUUGUUGACUCGAAGACGGGUAAUAAACCUCAACCGAUCUUCCUCGCGGAACUUUUAGAUGACGAUAGCGUCAUUGAAUUCUACGAAGAUUUUGCAAGAUUAGCAUUUGGCGACAGUAGGGGAAGUGUUACGACUCGUUACAAGCUGCUCCAAUACCAAACUGCGAAGGAUAAUUCCCAAUCUCCUGAAGGCGAUAAAGGUAAGCGGAAAGAUAUUGUUGGGUUUAAUGGCGCUGGUAUUGGUGGAAUGGGUAACAGGAUAAAGGAAAUUGAUGCGACGCAUGGGAUUGAGACUUUACAGCCGGAUGGAAAGGUGGAUUGCAGCUCUUGUUGGACGAUUAAGAGAGAUGUCUUUGAUAUUCCAAUGUUGAUUGUUAUGAAUGUGAGUAUUUCUUUUUGUUUCGAAGGGCAGCUUGAUGAAAACGAGGAAUGAUGUUGGUGAGAUGAAACUAACGAUCUGUAGUUCCUUCCUUGCAUCUAGAUUCUAUCUAAAUAUCAUUCACGCCAACUUACCCUCCUCCUCUGCAUUAAAAUAAUACCCUCUUCAAGUCACGCGAUACGAUGCUUUCCCUUCCCCUACAUACCUUUGACUUCACAACUCCCUUUUACACGGCUUCAUUUCAUUAUUUGUUUAUGUUUGCAUGCAUGCAUAAGGGCCGGGGCAAAAAAUGGCGCAAGCUUGUUUGGGUUCUUUUUGGGACUUGGACUUGGAUAUAAUGGGGGUUUGAUGGGAAAAGAAUUGGAUUGGAAUUCCUCGCAUGCAUUUACAUUUUUGAACAUCGACGAAAUUUGAUCUUAUAUAUCCUCCUUGGAGAGAUGGGUUGAUGAAAUGAGGAGAUGAAAUGAAGGAGGUUUCUUUCAUAGUAUGCUUCAAUGGAUUGGGGCAUUGUUUGUGAAUACUUUUCGGGAUUCUUUUUCGC